CAGCCUUCACACGCUUCGGCAACCUCGAGUCCGUUGCAUUUAUCAUCGACAAAAACCAACAGCAAUGUCCAUUUGCCCAGAAAACCACAUGUUGCAGAAGCCUUCGUGGAACACAGCCUUUUAUUCCACGAUUCUACCAGAAGCAGCCGGAAAGCAUUGAUUCAUGCUCGCUAUGAGCCGGCGACGUCCGCUCGGAGCAUCCUCAAACCACCUAGUCAAUCCAGGUUGGCGCAGAAUUCUUUUUCGUCAACGCGACGUGAGCAAUUCAUCAAAGGAUUAUCCUUUGUCGAAAUCAGACAUGACUUGCGAAUCAUACUGCGUUCCUUUAUUAUGCUUGAUAAUGCGCGAGUGCUACUCGUGAGGUUUUCCGCAAACUCCUCAAAUGAAUGCACUGGUGUCAGGGUUUGGCGAAGGGCUAGAUGCAUAGCCUUUGGUGCAAAACAAACUCCGUUGAAUUCGUUCCAGAGCAAGAGGGUGCAACGUCGCCAUGCCAAUGGACCCUGUUCGAACCUUUGCAAUGGCCUCUCAGAAGCCAGAAGGCCUGGAAGCCGCUGCAGAUGA